AUGGGGCGUAACACUGGAGGUCUGGAAACGAAUGGAGAACUAAGAAUACUAUUAGUGGUAACCGUUGUAAUUGGCUUGCUCCUAAUGUUGUCCCUCCUUAUGUGUUACGCUUGCGUACUCAAGCGGCUCUGUUGUGGCACUCCGAGAGAAAGGGCGAAGAACCUAGCAAGUGCCAGAAGAACCGAAAGCUAUCCUAUGGGAGAUGUCACGCUACUUUCGCAGCCGACGGAGAGUGAACGUGUU